AUGGAGACGUGGGAGACCCCGAAUUGGGAGCAGCUCGCGCCGGGUGGCUGGUGGCGAGUGGUGCACCACCCCGCUGUCUAUGCAAUGAUCCGACCGAUUGAGCCACUUCUCCCGAACAACUCCGGCUACAACCAGCCGAACAUGGUGAAGCUUUGUGCUGAAUCGGGCCGUGACUGCUUCACGAUCAGCCAGAUCCACAUCGUGGGAGAGGUGUUGGCAAUGACAGCAGAGUCGAGCUGGGAUGAGGAGGAGAGCUGCUACUGGCUGCGUUUGCGGGACGAGGGUAACUUUGGACAACAGUGGCUGCGGCAGGAUGGCAAGUCCCUUGGCCUUGGCGUGUUCCUGGAGGCCCUGCCUCCAGGCAUACCUGGAAACGACGUGCGCGAGGCACACAGGAAAGCCUUGUCGGAGGUGCGCUGCGUUCGAAGUGCCUUCAAUCAGCUGCGGGAUGGUGAGGCGGCUGGUGAAGCAUGGCGAGAGGUCCCUCGUCUCUCCAUCGUGGAUGCAAUGCUUGGUCAAUGUGCCACCGAGUUUCGACCUGCUGAGGCACAGCGAGUAGUCGGCGGCCCGGCAAUCGCCCAUCUCCUGCGUGAAGGUUACGUUGUCGUCCAUGAUGCAUUGAAUGAGGAUUUGGCUUCCGAGUUUGUGGUACAGAUGGCAAAGCUUGAUAACGGCUGGAAUCUUCAUGCAGCACCCCAAGCAACACCAGGACAGCGAGGCGACCGCUUGCUAUGGAUCGACGAGAACAUAGCUGUUGGGCGGUAUGGCUCGGAGGCUGUGGCGAAGGCCAUUGUGCUGCUGAAGGGCUUGGCAUCAGAACUGAACCCGGAUCUCACGGCCCACCACUGGAGCAAGAACGCUGCUGGAGAUGCUGCGCACGCGUUGCGUCCGCGGUUGCCGGCAACAGACCAGGCGGUUCUGACGGUGUCGCCCAAAGCACAACUUGCCUGCUAUCCGGGCGAUGGUGCGCGCUACAUUUGUCACCAGGACAACAGAUUCAGGCCAAGCCACGGUACACGACUGAAUUCUCGAGAGCUCACUGCGAUCUUGUAUGGAAAUCCCUCUGAUUGGGAUGCCCUUCGAGACGGAGGAGCGUUGAAGCUGUACCCACAGACAGAAGACUUUGAGUCUGCCCCCCUUCCAGAUCAUCCGUCUGUGUCCUUUGCUCCGAGAGCUGGAACGCUGGUGAUCUUCUUCUCCAGCCUCUGGCACGAAGUGCUGCCCGCCUAUCGUCCGCGCCGGGCAUUGACGAUGUGGAUAUUGCGCCCGGAAGAGGAGGAGAGCUGGAUGCCGACAGUGUUCUAA